GUUCGAAGUGGUCUAGACGUUUCUUAGUAUUUGUUGUAACUCUUGAUGUCUUUCAACUCGCGAUGAAUAGUUUUGUGAAUAACUGGAAGACUAAUUGCGUAUAAAAUAAUGAUAUUGUUCGAACACAUCAAAUCCAACGGUAUACCGGAGAACAAUUACCGCAUUUCCGAUUAACAGGAUGAGUAAAGUCGCCGUGAAGCUAUACGGUGGUACUCAGAACGCAUGAGAAGAGCAGCCGGCAAUCAUAAUCCACGAGGAUACGGACCAUUGUGUAUUAUUUAUUCUAACAUAUCAAGAAAGGAUGUUCCGAUCGAUGCGAUAGAUCUGCUGGUGGUUCUCACUAAUAUACCAGCGAGUAAUGACGCGAAUGGAUUUAGGUUAGCUCUUCUUUCCCUGAUGUCUUACCCCAUGUAUGCCAUUCCGAUUGGGAAAAAAAUUGAUUGUUAUAUGGCGUAAAAGCACAGCGAUGUAUCAGAACAACUCGCUGAAGACCAGUGAGUUUCGGUUGAUGUUGUGUUCUGGACGGCCCAACCAUAAAAAUAGUGCAAGUGAGUGUGGGUGAAAAAGUUGUACUAUUGAGGAUCCGAAAUGGAAAAUUGUGUCAACAAGAGUAACGGAUUUAGGCGAAUGAAUUUGGCAAACCGCCCUCUGGGGAAAGUCGUACGUUGCGUGGAAUGACAAGAGCAAACAACAAACUGUCGAAUCGUUGCUAUAGUGAGAUUGUGGUCCCCCAGCUUCGACUCCCGUAGGGAAAUCAGGCACCUUUUCACCUGGUGUGUGCCGAUGCUUGGAAGUGAAGUAGGAAAUCAGCGAUCAAAUCACGUUGGUAGUGCAAUCAACCGAAACAGUGCGACAUCUGUCAAGGGUCGUCGCUAAAUAUUCUAACAAAAGAGAUCAUUCAUCAACCUGGGGCUCACCGAGCAAAACAGAUAAAAAAUCUUCCCGCUUUGUUUGUCAAAGCAUUGGAAUCAGUGUGGAGUGAGAAAUAAAUAGUAGGACAAAAAAUCGUCUGAAAGCAAGGAUUAAAUUGGCAUUCAUCCUGUCGCAGCUUUUUUUUCUUCUGGCAGCUGCUCUGCGCGCUUUGGACACCUUUUGGCUGUCAGUUAGGGGCUUUUGAUGAAAGAUUUGCGUCAUGCUACUAUCAUCAUAGCAACGAUCUACCACUAACUCCACCCUAGAAGAAGACCCGCCUCCAGUUGCACACCUUAAUGUGGAACAAGCGACGUCUCGGCAGCCGUUCCGAUGUUGCUCACCAUGUUGUAUCAGUGCUGCAUAAUUGCAUUAAUGAUAACUCACUCUUCACCAGAAACUCAUCUAUCAUCGUCACAACCGUCGUAUUCCACCCACAAAACGACGAUGGCCGCAGAUGACACCAACGCAUGGGAUUACGAAAUCCAUCCGGCAAAUUCAGAAGCCAGCGCCGCUCGAUUGGCGGGCAUCAGUAGCAUUAGUGCCGAUAGUGCUAGUGAGUGGGACGAAGAAGAGUACAAGACUUAUCAGGGCAGCAGUGGUAACACGCUACCGGUUUUCCAGAAAAGUCAACCGACGAAGCAUUGGACAGCGGCAGGACCACCAGCUAUGUCAUCUUCACUCGGUGACAUCGAAAGUCCAUCGCACACAACGGAUUUGGUAAUGAACACAAAUCCAUCACCGACACAACGAAGCCUUUCGUUGGCAACGGCUGUGAUAACCGGGGAGAAUGAAAUUGCCAACCGGAUAAAUCCGACAGUGCCGGGUCCGGUUGGUAAUAGUGGUAAUAUCAGCUUGUCGCUCAUUGACAGUACGGUGCUGUUGCUGCCCUCCGGUGUACCAGCGUUGCAACAACAGAAUCAACCGCAGUCUCCGCUACAGUCACAACAACAACAACAACAACAGAGACAUCGAACGAUCAACUCGAUGAACCUUAAUCCAACCACUCCGGCAAUGCUAGUGAAACCGGUCAACGAGCACCGGAAACUACUGAAGAGCACCGGGCCCAUACUGAACUAUGUCUUCGAUUCACAUCCACCGUACUAUAAGUCGACCUACUACAAUGCACGGUACGGCCCACAUUUCGAAACAGACAACGUGACCAACAUUACCGUUCAAAACGGUGAUGAUUUGUUUCUAAGCUGUAGAAUAAGUUUGCUGCAGGAUAAAACGGUAUCGUGGGUUCGAAGGAAACACGGCGAAACAGACCUACAGCUACUGACGGUCGGGAAGCAGACAUACUCGGGUGACUCACGGUACACGAUUGUGUUUCAAUAUCCGAACAACUGGAGGUUGAAAAUUGCGGCCGCAAACAAAAAUGACGAAGGCGUCUACGAAUGCCAGAUAUCGACACAUCCACCUAAAGUGAUAAUCUACUAUCUACAUGUGAACGCACCGGAGGUUCUGAUCGUCGACGAAGAGGGUGAACCCCUGUAUGACAAAUAUUAUGAGGUUGGAUCAACGAUAAAACUGAUGUGCCGAAUACGUCACAUGUCGAUGCUGCGAUCCGCCGUUUAUUGGAUUCACAACGAGAACAUAUUGAAUCAUGACGUGCAGCGGGGUGGUAUCAGCGUCAAGACGAAUCUCACCAACGUCGGUGCCAACUCAACGCUGUUCGUGGCCAAAGUGAACAAACAGGACUCUGGAAGCUAUACGUGCUCGAUUGGACCAAAUCAGUACUACAGCGUCUCCGUACAUGUUCUUAACGGUACCGCAAAUCCAUACGGAAUUUAUCAGCGAUCGUGUGCCUUCUCAGCUCUACUGGACACAGUCGACUCAAGGUUCAUUCUCAAGCAGCUGGUAUUUCUGCUAAUAAGACACCUGGCCGGCAGAUAGCACUACCCACCGGAGACCGUUUGCGGAGUCGCUAUCAUGUUUCUACUUCUAGACUGAACCUGAUGGAGACGCAGCGUUGUUUACGAUGUAAGCCAGUUUGUACAGACCGAAA